GCCGUAUAUAAAUGUUUUAAAUAAAAUGCAGAUUGACUCUCUAAUCGAGUUUACGAACUUCAAGUGCGUAUCCAUGAAUAAGGAUGUGGUCGAUUUCGAAUAUUGCUCAUUUAAAUCAGUUAAUCGCACUUAUCAAUACAUCUCCACCAAGGUAAAGGUGUUUAAAGUAUCACUGAACAGCAUAAAGGUUAAUUUUGGCUUGCACCAACAAAUCAAUGGGUAUCAGCCCUUUCUAUACAACGUUACCUUUGACGGUUGUCAGUUCAUGAAGAACACAAAGUCCAAUGUAGUCGCGAAAUACUUUUACGAUUUCAUUAAAGACAUCACAAACUUGAAUCACACCUGUCCCAUCAACCACGACGUCAUUGUGGAUAAGCUUUCCUCUGAGGCCAUUAAUUCCAGGGUACCAAAAGUGCUGCCCUUUCCCACGGGUAACUACAUGUUUCAGACCUAUUGGACUGCCAAUGAUAAGUACCACGCGGUCACCAAGAUAUAUUUUUGCCUGUUGUAAUGGAAAAGUGACAUUCGGUAUUAGAGGAAACAAUGAGUUUGGGUUUUUAAAGGUUUUUAUUAAAUAGUAUAGAUAACAGCUACGAAGAAAACGGUUGUAAUGGGUGAAGUUCUUAACUGGACCUGCAACUUUGACAUGAAAAUAUUAUUAACUUGCAUCCUCUCCCGUAUGAAUAAGGUUUUCUUGUAUUUUAUUAUUAUUAUUAAUAUUAAUAUUAUUUUUCCAUUCGAUUAUGGGCUGUGAGCUCGUAAAGCUAUUUAUGUUGAAUACAUACAAAAAUUAAAAUGUUUCACAUUUGUAAUUGCAAUGUAAGCGAUCUGAAUUCACACUGUGCUGCUGAAAAGUUUGCCUAUCCUUAGAUAAUUUCCUCCUUUGAUUUUUAUUGGGUUUUCCUGAUUUUCCUCGACACACGUACACUCAUAUAAAAUUACAAUAAAAUGGUGCCAAACUUUGGAUCUAAAGUUACAUACGUCUGUCUGUCUAGUGUAGGGAGUACUGCCUAAGGUCGAUCGGGGGAAUCUAUAGAAAACAUUUAUCAGAUAAUAUAAUUAUAUGUAUAUUGUAUAUAACGCAACUUUUCGUGAGAAGCGAA